CUUGUAGAGGCAGUGUGAGGAGCUGUAGAAGGAGAAGGAGGAGCUAUAGAAGAAGAACAAGGAGAUGCAGAGGAAACUAGAUGAGAUUGUGCCAAUAGUGACCGAACUCCAGAACAAUAAUGAUACCUUGAGCACGAGACUUGUCUUCGAAGAACGUAAAAGGAAGAUCUGUGAAGACAAGCUUGAUGCUCAAGACAAAUAUAUCGAGAAGAUGAAAGAAGGGAUGGUGGAGCUGAAAAAGAAUGUGGAGCUGCUAGUUCACAACGAGAUGGAGGAGCAUAUUGGCAACUUUCUCAACUCCAGCAUCUUUGAGAACAUCAUUAACCUCUACUGGCUGCCGACUGCAAUUUUGGCCUUCACCGACUGUAGAAAGAAGCUAAGGUGGGAGCAUGACGCAGAGGGAUGCACUAUCUUCCCUCCAGCCUUUGAUGCUGAGUUGGUAGCCGUAGAGGAAGACGAAGGAGGGCAAGAUGCUGAAGUGGAGAACCAGAUAGAUUUGGCUGAAGGCCAACCUCCUGAAGUUCAUCCAAUUUCCUCUAGCGAAGAGCAGCUGGCUCCUCCUAAAGCAGAAGCACUGCCUCUUCCUGUUAAGGAGCAGCCUCCUCCUUCAGCAAAUUAGCUUAGGAUUUUAUAUUUUUUAGUUAUACUUGUAAUGAACAUUUUUGUAAUUGAUUUUUCACUAAGUUAUAAAAAAUUUUGAAGUUAUUUUUGGUGUUCAGUGUUGAUUUCUAAUUGCUGUUUUAUUUUAAGUAAAUCACUUCGGAUAAAAUAAAGUGACUUUAAUUAA